AGCUUUUCUUUGGAAUUCCUCCAAGUGGAUGACAACAAUUUUUUCUUUGGAAGCAGAUGAUGUUCGGAACAAAUAUUCAGAGUUGAUAAAUGACGUAUUGGAUGCAUAUGAUGAUGAGAGUAUUGAAGCUCGUGAAGCAGUGGCACAGCUGACGUCACACUCCAGAAAUGCAACAAAGAUUUUCAAGCAAGAUGAUGAGCAGACCAUGAACCAUGCAGUAGACACCUGGCCCAAUGAUGAGAUUAAUUAUAAGCCUCCAAAACCUUAUAGAUGUACAUAUACAUCCAGAAAUUCAAAAACAUUAAAAAGAAAAAAUACCAAUGCUUUGGUAACGUGGUUUGUGUUAGUUGUACUGUGCCAUCUAUCACCAUUAGUUGGAGCAUACAAUGACAAGAAUACCGGUAGUACCUGUGUAUCCUCAACAAAAAAUUACAAGCUUUUAAAGACACUGCUUCCAAAGGAUGACUGUGGAACCAUCCUUCAGCAGUAUUCCUGUGAAAGUAAUCAUGUCAAAGCAUGCAUAAGAGAUAUAAACCACACCUUCCUUGUUGCUGUUUGCACACCAAAUCUUUGCCUACUAGAUAAGGCCUGUGCUGAGUACCAAAGUGCAGCUCAUGUCAUUAAUACGCGCUCCGGGGAAUGUUCAAGAUGUUUAAUGACAGACAAUUUGAAAGCCAGAAUGGAAAGAGGAGAUGGAAAGGAGUGCUUGGAAUUAAAAUCGGAUGACCCCACAACUACUCAUGGGACUUCACAAACAACCACAGGAACAGGAACCCAUGUAGCUGUAAAUCAAAUUGCAGUUGGGAUGCUCCUUUUCAUAGCAGCUGUGUUGUCUAAAAUUCUUCUUGCCUAGACAGUGUUUCUGAGACACACCUUUUUUACUCCUGCUGCCACAGAACAACGAUGAAGUCAUCAAAUGACAUAUUAGUGAAUUUAUUUAUCAUUUGUUUCUGUAUAUAUUCCAAUUCUGUUAUUUUUUAGUACUUAUUAUAAUUUUAAAAGCUAGACACAGAGUAUUUUAAUUCACUCUUCUGCUAGAAAAUUUUAUUUAUUUUUAUUUUAACAUUAAAUUUGAUUGUUUCUUGAUAAACA